UUAACUUACUUCCGCCCUUUGUGACUCAUUGUGUCUUUCUAGGCGUCCGUAGGGCCUUGCCUCUUGUCCUUCUUACUCUGGUAGUUCUUAUCUCCAGGGGUUAGCGCUCCUUCCCUUGUCACCGUGCCCAGAGCUGCCCCUGGGUCCGCGGAGCAGUGCAGAAAAAAAACCUUCCAAUAUCUUCAGUGUCAGUCUACCUCACAGAUUCCAUCAGAGUGAGGGGGAACUCUGAACCUGAAUAAUGACUGCAGAAUCAAGAGACGCUGCAGUCAUGACCCCUCAGGCUAUACAAGAUAAAGAAGGACUGGUGAUAGUAAAGGUGGAAGAAGAAGAUGAAGAGGAACACCUCUGGGGCCAAGAUUCUAGCCUGCAAAGAAGUAAUAGCCCUUCUGAUCCAGAGAUUUUCCGCCAACGCUUCAGACAGUUCUGCUACCAGGAUACUUCUGGUCCCCGGGAGGCUCUUGGUCGCCUACGAGAACUUUGCCAUCAGUGGCUAAGACCAGAAAUGAAUACAAAAGAACAGAUCCUGGAACUACUGGUGCUGGAGCAAUUCUUGGCUGUCUUACCCAGAGAAAUCCAGACCUGGUUGCAAGAGUACCGUCCUGAUUGUGGAGAGGAAGCAGUAACACUGUUGGAGGAUCUUGAGCUUGAUUUGUCAGGACAGCAGGUACCAGUCCAUGUGCAUGGACAUGAAAUGCUAUCCCAGGAGAUGGUACCACUAGGAACAGCACAUGGAUCUUCAAGUUUUGAAUUCCAGCACCGAACCCCUCAGAUCAAACAUGUAACAAGAAAGCCAAGUCUUUUACAACAGAAUGCUUUCCCUGCUUCCCAUGUUCCUGUUUCACAUGAGAGGAGUCCUAGAGACCAGGCAGUGACCUCUGCACUAUUCACAGCAGAUUCUCAGGCUUUGGUAAAAAUCGAGGACAUGGCUGUGUCUCUUAUCCUGGAAGAAUGGGGAUGUCAAAACCUGGCUCGGAAAAACCUCUGUAGAGACAACAAACAGGAGAAUUAUGGGAACAUGCUUUUUCAGGGUUGUGCAAGUAGGACAACCAAUGAAGAGUCUACUUCAAAGGAAGGUAUUUCAGAAGCAACAGGAUCUCAUGGGAAAAUAACUGAAAGUUUCCAAAGGGAAUUUGGAGAAACAUGUGAACAGGAAAGCAGAUUAGAAAGACAACAGAAAAACUUAGAAGAGAAACUGAAGCUAGAAAAGACAGGAUUUAGACAGGUGACAGUCAAGGACAAGAAACCACCCACAGGGGAGAGAGGCCAUCGAGAGAAAGGCAAAGGAUUGGGAAGAAGUUUCAGUCUGAGUUCAAAUCUUGUUACACAGGAAGAAGUUCCUACGGGAACAAAGUCCCAUAAAUGUGAUGAAUGUGGCAAAUGCUUUACAAGGAGUUCCAGUCUUAUUCGACAUCGGAUAAUUCACACUGGAGAGAAGCCCUAUGAAUGUAAUGAGUGUGGGAAAGCCUUCAGUCUUAACUCAAAUCUCAUUCUUCAUCAGAGAAUCCACACUGGAGAGAAACCUCAUGAAUGUAAUGAGUGUGGGAAAGCUUUUAGUCAUAGCUCAAAUCUUAUACUACAUCAGAGAAUCCAUUCUGGAGAAAAACCUUAUGAAUGUAAUGAAUGUGGCAAAGCUUUUAGUCAGAGCUCAGAUCUUACAAAACAUCAAAGAAUCCACACCGGAGAGAAGCCCUAUGAAUGUAAUGAAUGUGGUAAAGCUUUCAACCGGAAUUCAUACCUUAUUCUGCAUCGGAGAAUUCAUACCAGAGAAAAACCAUAUAAAUGUAAUAAGUGUGGGAAAGCCUUCACCCGGAGCUCAACUCUUACCCUACAUCAUAGAAUUCAUAACAGAGAGAGAGCCUCUGAUUACAGUUCCACCUCACUAGAUGCAUUUGGUGCAUUCCUGAAAAGCUGUGUAUAAAGUGAAAUUUCCCAUUAACUUCCAUAAUUUCAAAGAUGUGUGCCCAUGGGAAAAAUAUUUGGCCUCUAAUAUAUAAUCAAAUCACACUUAAAAAAUAUAUCAGAGCAGUCCUGCCUUUGUCAGUUUAAGCUGUGAGUAUUUAUUUCUCCAACAAAACCCUCUGCAAGAAAAUUUAGUCAGAUAGAUAUUACUUAAGAAUAUCUGCAUAUGUUAAAAUAAACAUCAGACUUUUUGGGAAUGAGGACACUGAGAAGAAGCUGGUCAAACUUGUUUAAAAAAAGGAUCCCUGUCUGCAACCACCAGUGUAAUUGCCGAAAACCACCAAGCUUGAGAUUUGUAUCCCCAGUGCCUAGCACAUAGUAAGUGCUUAAAGGAUACUUACUAAUUAAUUGGCUUGAACUGAGAGACAUUUUUUUUCCCCUGCAAAGCAAGCAGUGAUUGCCCAACAUCAUUUUUGUACAUCAUGACCCAAAGAAGGAUACUUAUAGAAUCCUGGGCUGGGACAUGCUGCUAAAACUAAAACAUAAGUUAUCAAAGGUGGGAUGCCAAAGCUGAAGAGAUCUAAGGCUAUGCAGAUCAAAAUCAAACCAAAGACUUCUAUCUCUUCCUGAAGAGUAUAUAUGACUCAACUCUUAGUUCCCCAUAGGAGUAUAGUUGACUCCAUCCUCAUCACAGAGAAAUUCUAUAAAUGAUAAUACUUCUCCCUUUUCUGAAUUCUUAGUGCUAUAGUAUCCCUAUAGUCUCAUACAAUUUAGCUUUUGAUUGUACACUGUCUUUUAAUUGUCUCCUGAAUGUAGUAAAUCUUAUCUCCCCAACAAGAUUCUAAGGAACUGAUCUCCUACCUAAUAGCCUUAGUAAGAGCUGAUGGGGGAAUAUUGUGUGAUGACAUUAUUGUGUUCCUUGUUUAAUAAGUACUCACUGACUUUUUAACAGGACUCCCACACUGAAGCUGGAGCCCUGCUAAAGUACUACAGCAUAGCCUGUCUAAUGCAGAAACCACCAAUUAUUGCUGUAAAAAUUCUAAAACUCUGUAGACUACUAUUAUCCCUGAGCUCAGUAAGCAUAGAAGGAAAGCAUUGUUUAAAUGCCUACUUAAAAUAUAUAAAAUGUUGGCUAAGUGCCAGAAGACUUCAUAGACAUCAUUAUUUAAAUAUAUAUUUAAAAUAUGUCAUCACCUUUAAAAAGCUAAGUGAAGCAAUGACUUUGACUUCCUUUGGUUAUUGUCACUGAUAAGAUUCUAGCAGAAUUUUCCCAUGUUAGCUUCCUGAACAACAUAGCCAAUUAGGUGCCCUCCACAUGUGGUUGAAUAAGUAUGACCACUGUCUUUCACUGAAGCUUGAGAGUGCAUCAACUUGGGCUGUGUCACACUUGCCCAUCAUACUUAGCUUUCAGUUUUCUACAACCCAAGAUCUUUUUCAAACUACUAUUUUUAUUAACUUUGUGUUUGUCAAGAUAAUUUUUUAACUCAAUUGUAAGACUUAUGUCUAAUAAAUUUCUUAAUAGAUUUAUGAGAGGCAGUGUGAUACAAUGGAUAGGAGAAAGUUGGCCUCAGCCAGAAAUAUCUAGAGUCAAGUCGUCCUUCUAACACAUAUUAGUUGUAUGGGCAAGUUACUUAACUUCUCAAUGCUCUAGGUAGUUCUCUAAAACUAUUAAGUUCCAGAGACAUUAUUAGCCUGUAUUGCCAGAACAAAUUAGUCACUAGCAGCUCCAGUUCCUUUCCUUAACAUAUUUGAUUCAUCAUAAUAGCUUUGUAGAAAUAUUUUGUUGGAACCCGAUUGUUACCACCAUGAGAGCUAACUCAAUUUUGUGGCAUUUAUAAAUUUGACAAAUAUACCACCUUUAUUCUUUAUUCAGGUUACUGAAAAUAAAAGUAAAAUAACAUAAGGCUAAGAAUGGAUCUUUAGGACAUUUCUAGAGAUUUCCUUUCCUGAACAUUGACCAGUUCUUUAGGUCUGGUCAUUCGACCAGUUCUGAAUUCAUCUUACUACAAUUAACUACUUUAUAACUUUACAUUUUCACAAGAUUACCUUGAGAGGAUUUGUCAUAUGUUUUGCUUGUCUAGAUAAGCUCUAAUAUUUUAUACUUAUAACAGUUUAGUAUGUUUCUUAAAACAAGGAAAACUACCUUAAUAGUAUAUUUGGUAUGACCUAUUCUUGGUGGAGUCAUGGUUAACUUUUAGAUUAUAUGAUAGAAUUUUGCCAGGAAUAGGUUAGUUUACCAACCUAUUUUUUCAGAUUUCCUUCCCUCUCCUUUUUUUCUUUCCUUCCAGAAAAUAUGGGUAAAUCUGCUUUUUGUGUUCUUUUAGAAAUAACUAAAAAUGGCCCAGCUCUAGCUCUUUUAAUAUCUCAGGUUGUAGGUUACCUAGAUCUAGUGACAUAAAUUCAACAAGAGUAUUUAGGUGUUUUCACUGUCUUUUUGGUUUUUAACUUUCUAUUAACAAUAUUUUGAGAUAUUCUUUCUGGUACAAAGAUUAUUCUUGGCCAAGAAAACAGAAACAAUAUCAGAAUUAAAUCUGCCUUCUCUUUAUCAUCUCUGUAGUUGCCUUAUCGUGGUCCCUAUUAUAGUCCCUCUUCUCAUUAUAAUAAACCAAAAACCCAAAACUUUUUGUUUUUGUCUUUAGCAUUCAUCAAUUUCAGCUCAGCCUAAACUUUAGGAUUCUUAAUACUGUUCUUCUAAGAAUGUUAAUAUCUUGUAUCUCUUUUUGGUUCUACUUUCUAUACACGUCCUUUCGAAAAAUUAAUUUGUUGCUUUGCAUCCACUUCAUUCUCUUUAAAUCACUUCCCCUUUUUUCCUCACUGGAAUUGUUUAUGUGUUUAGUAUUUAUUACAAAUUCUAAAAUAGAAUAGUCAUUUCCUUAUAAAGAUCUACUUCUGCUUCAGCAACCUUCAACUUCCUUUAUUGCCAGAUUUCUUUUAAGAGUUCUUUAACUGUUCUUCCCUCUUUUAGAAGAAUGAAGUUAUUAGGCUCAUUGUUCAUAAUACAAAACUAGUAGGUAGAUAUUUCCAUAUCAAUAAAUCAUGACUUUCAUCAUAAGUUAUGGAAAAAGUCAUCAGGAAAAUGUAGAGCUAUUGAUGGUGACCCUUUAACUUGACAUGGAAAACAACAUGUAAAUGGACUGCUUCACACAAUCUGCAUAACACACUUGUCAAGAUGUACAAGUCUAUAGCAUGGAAACCUUACACAUGAUGUUCGAUGAUAAUAUUACUUCAAGAAACUAAAGAAAACUAAUCCUGAAUUCUACAAGACUACGUUGUCAAGAAUUCAUUGAAUGCAAUCAAGAAGUUGGAAAUUAAAUUGAAAAAGACAGCAAGUAUUUAUGAGAGGCUUCCACACCAAAUAAAUUGAAUUAAUGUAGAGCUUUUUCCAACACCUAUUGUGUUAGAAUUUCUUGAGCCCAAGUUAUUAAUGACAUCUGUGGGCAAUCUUGUCCCAAGCUAAAUUUAGCAGGCUCAGAUUAUCAUUAAUCAAGUCCAUGAAUAUCUCCAGUUAUAAUAGUACAAAGUAAUGCUUAACACAGCUAAGCUGGACACCUAAGAACAGAUACGUAGGUGAUGAUUUUACAGAAUAACAAGUCAAGGACUCGAGAAAAGGGGAAAAGAGAUACUUUGAGAAUCCACUGAAGCAGAAGUUCCUGAGUACAGUGUUAACUAUGAAGAUAGGCAACUAGAAUUAACAGACUAAACUGAUAAUUCAGAAAGUUUGACAUUGCUUCUUUUGAGCAAAGACUGCAUCAUCCUGUAUUCUAGGGGAUAUACAAGAACAGUAACAAAUUAAUCAGAAAUUUCAGCUGGAUACUAAUCAGAACAGAUUUCCAGUAUGGACAGUAUAGAAAGGACUUUUAAAAUUCUCAACGUUUUUUUCAGCUCAGAGCCAUACCCUCAUCUUUAAAAAUAAGUACUAGUCGAUUGAGACCAGUUGAUUCCCAUUUUGUUGAGACAGAACUCACUAAAUUGGGUUUGUCCUACUGGCUUAGCAGUUGCCCUAGAUACAACAAAACUCAUUAAAUGGGAGAAGAGCCACGUGGAGAGAUACUUUUUCUAAAGGUAUUGCUGACCUUAGCCACUGUCUGAAGCAGUGUCUUAGGACAUUUGUUCAUCAAAUAUCAUAUAGUGUUGUUAAAAGACUGAAGGACUCUUCUUCAGCACCAAAGUGUUAAUUUGGUUUUGGGUUUUUUGGUUUUGGUUUGUUUUUUAAGUACCUUUUUCUUAUUGUUAGGAUCUGGAUUAGGUGAGAAGGAUGAAAUUGAUUGAGUAAGUGGCUCCAGUACCCAGCUGGCUAUAAGCUUGUAGGUGUUAGAAAAUUCUCCCAAAUAGUAUCUGAUCAUCUUGGGCUUAAUUUCUGCCUGACUGAAAGUCUUGCCAUUUUAGACAUCCACCAUACUUCCCACUAUCUUUGGCAGGAUAAUCAUAUGUCAAAGGUGUACCUUCACUAUCUUGGGCUUUCUAUGGGAAGUGUCUCUUUGUUGGCCUUCCUCAGGUAUUUCAGGAUGGAAUGCUGUUUGUGCCACAGACCCUAAUUGAAUCAGUAGUGCUAUCAAGCACUAUACAACUGCAUAAGUUGUUCAUAAAAUAUGUUCAGCAACUUAUCCAGGUCUAUACUGUGGUAGGUGAACUUCGAAAAGGUUUCCUUCUUUUGCUCCAGUUUUGUCAUCUUGUCUACUGUCAGGAAAAAACUGCUUUCCUCAAAUGUUAUUUUGGACUAAAUGUCUAAAUAGUCAAUUAUCACCUUAAAGCACUAUAUAAUUAAAUAUUUUAUAAGGUCAUGUUUAUCGUUGACCCCAUGAAAUUCUUCGAAGGAUUUUGUUUUAUGUUUUGCACCAAUUCUGCUAGGAAGAAAGAAAAGAAAAUAUUCAAUUUGCUAGUAUUAUGAAAUUGUGAUUUGCCUCCAAUCUGGCAGAAAGCUGGAAUCCAGGAAAACCAUUUAGAUAUGUAGUGAACUUACAUAUUUUGAUAAAGGAACAUGCUAUAUUAAUAUAUUCUGAGAUAGAGGAAGUUGAGAUGGGUCUUGGAUAGAUAAUUUCUUCUGGAGAGAGAAACCAUAUAAAUGUGAAAAAUGUGGCAGGCAUCUGAGCCCUGAUACUAAUGCUAAACCUAAAUGGUCUUUAUUAGUCUUUAUAAGUUUGCAUCUUUCUUUAAUAGAAAAUGAUUUUAUCCAAAGAUAAUAGCAGUCAACAGUAAGCUACCUUUAGAAAACCUAAAAUAGAUGCUUGAAAGAAAGCUGCUUCUGGACCCUACAUGUAUUUUCCUAAUGCAGUCUUUUUUUUCUAUGGAAUGAUAGAUUUAACUGGAUUAAAUAAGGCUUUGGAGCAAACGAAUUAAUACUACAAAGGUGAAACAAACACAUAGCUGAAAUUUGAGAUAACUGAUCUGAAGCAUUUACUUUCCAAAAGUAUCUUAGUGAAUUUAGAAACCUCAAACUUUAAACAAUCAGUAAGAGAAAGAAUGAGACUAUAAGGAUAUAACAAUGUAGAACUUUUAAAAAUUACAAAUGUUGAGUGUUUUAUGUAACCUGUACAGUACUUGUACUUCUGUAACUUGUAACCAGAAUGUCAGGAUCUGUUUUGUAUCAUUCUUCUGUUAGCCCCAUGGGGUCAAGGUCUGUAUAGUUUUUGUUUUGUUUUGUUUAAUUCUGUUAAGACAGCAUUCCCUUUUCUCCUCAUCUUGUUCCCCAAAAUUUUAACAUCAGAGAGGUUUGGAGCAGUGAAGAAAAAAUUGGUGUGAUUGUAGACAAUAAGACAUGACACUCAAUGGGGGCAGUUUUUGUUGAGUUAUUUUUCAGUCCUAUCUGACUCUUUAUGAUCCCAUGUGGAGUUUUCUUGAAUACUAAAGUGGUUUGCCAUUUCCUUCUCCAACUCAUUUUACAGAUGAGGAACUGAAGCAAACAGAGUUUGCCCAGGGUCACACAGCUAGUAAAUGUCCGAGACCAGAUUUGAACUCAUAAAAUGAGUGUUCCCGAGUUCAGGCCUGUCACUUUAUCGACUAUGCCAUCUAGCUGCCCCUUCAUGGAAGUAAAGAAGUUAAAAUAAGCAAGAGCUUAAUAAUAUUUGUUGUCAGUCAAGUUAGGGAGACUGAUAAAGCUCUAUAAAAUGGCCAGAUUUGACUGGUAAUUAAAUAGGAGUAAUUUCUUUGUCUCAGCAGAAGUCAGAUUUUUAAUUACCAGUAGAUGAAGUGUGUCUUUUGAUGACUUGCUGGGGAAAGGUGAGAAAAAGUCCAAUAAUUUCUUAUUUCUGCUUAAAGAAUUUUAGAUUAAAACAUGAUCCUUAUGCAGCUGCCAUCAGACUUUUAGAGAAGGCUUCAAAAGUUAUUUUGCAAGGUUUCCUUAUGGACAUACUGAGAAUAUUGCAUAUUGGAAAUGAACAGGAAAAUGCCACGGGGGAGGGUUAGGUGUGUAAGUUUUAUUUUCACUUUUACUGGUUGUUUACUUAAAAAAUUUGGGAUUAAUCUUCAUUACAGCAGUCAAUCAAGCCGGAGUUUGUUAGCUAUUCAAACUCAAAUAAGCUCUUUGUUCCUAGGCAAACUUAAAAGAGAAUUGGUUUAUAAACCAAAGUACAAAUUUAAAUUUUUCAUCAUUCUUUGCCUUUGCUGGAGGAACCAUAUUUUGAUGUGUACCAAUUUUUGUUCUAAGCAGAAUAGGUUUAUGUAAAGGAUCUUUACAUCCAAGAUCUCUGGGUGGCUUCUGAUUUAUCGCUCAGCUUAGUUAUUAUGUGUUUUAAUCUGACAAAUUUUUUCCAAGCAAUAAAUAUAGAAAAUAUGUCAAAUAUUUCAAAGCAAUUAUUUGAUAAUUUCCUGCAAUGUCUGAAAACAAUUUAUCAAAUUGUUUAUUUAUUUGAUAAAUUUAUCAAAGUACAUUUUUUCAGUUAAAUUUACAAAUUUUUCAGCUCACAGCAAGUUUUUAAAUUAUUUAAAGCAAGUCCGUUUAAUCUAUUUUUUUUUUCUUCAGCAUCAAACAUCCACAUGUUCUAUUCAGUUCAUUGUAUGACCUUGGGCAAAUUGCUUAAUUUGGUUUCUUCUGUAAAAUGAAGGGAUUGGAAUAGAGGAACUUAAGUUUUUCUAUUUGUUUUCUAGUAAAGAGUGAAAUUGUAGAAUAUCUGUUGCAACUCCACAAAAUCUUCAUGAUUUUUUUGAGAAAUUUGCCCCUAUACUGGUUAUUAUAUCACUGAUAACAUUCAUUGAUCUCUAGAUAGAACUUUUUCUUUCUUUCUGCAGUUACUUAACUGCUUAUACUUCUUUAGAGGAAUAAAGCUGAAGACAUUCAGAGGGAAAGAAUUUUAUGAAUGAUUGAAAACAUGUAUUUUCACCCUUAUGUGGAUUCUCUAUUUUGAGCCUCAAUCACCAUUAAAUCUAGAAGAAUACAACUAGCCAGCUGGUACGGCUCCAGUUCACCAUCUUUCACAAGGAUGGAGAUCUACCUGGAGAACCAACAACCCAGCAUGCUGAUUUUACCUGGGGGGGGUGAGGGGGGGGUGGUGUUAAGGUGAGAACUGAAAUGAAAUUCAAUGGCAUUUGGGAGCAAGUGAAAGAAUGAAUGUAAGCUUUUUAAAAUUUAAACAUUUAAUUUGCCUUCUGCCCUAAUUAGUUACAGGCAGCCAGAUGUUUUAAAUAUGUUGACCUUUAUACUGGCAAAAGCUAAAACGUUUGGUAUAAUCUUUUGCAGUUACUAGUGUUUGCAAAACAAAAAGUGGGGUAAGGGAGAGGGAAAAGAGGAUGGGUGAGUUAAAAUUCUUGGUUUUCAUAUGUGUGUGAUGAUUGGGGUAGGAGGGUAUACAGGUAAGAUCCAGUAAUUAUUUUUAAAAUAAGUUUAUUUUUUAAUUUUAGACAUAUACACACUUUUAGCUUAGUAAUGGGAAGCCUAAUAUAUUGAUUUAUGGGAUUAUUUGAAGAUUUGUCUUAAUUUGUACUUUUAGAUUAAAAUUUUUCUGCUUUUUCAAUCCCCAGUUUUGCAAUUUAGACUAAAUCCAAAGUAAGAAAGACAUUAAUUUACAGAAGAAGCUGCAGUAGGAUCUAAAGAAUACAGGUGCUUAAUAUGUACUUUCUACAUAUUUAAUUAGUUCACCAAUGUUGAGUUUCUUUAAAUCUGCAUGAUUGAGUACUAAUAUUUACUUCUCCAUGGAGUAACUCUGAUAAGAUUAUGAUUUGUAACUAAUCUAUGUUGGGAAGGAAAGAUUCUUCUUAUUUUUAAAAAUUAAAUAUGAUGGUAAGAUUGUGGAUGAAGAUUAUAAGGACUGUAUCUCCUUUUUAUGUUACUUGGGUACUAGUCAGUCAAAUGUAAUAAAUAUUCGACCUCUAGAUAACAUUUUGGACAGUUUGCUUUCUGACUCCAUGCUCAUUCAUUAAAAUGUUCUCAUAGAAUGAAAUGAGAAUAGUCUGUAGAAGAUAAACACUAUAUUCUCACCCAAAUAUAAAAUUAUUAAAAAUAAUUUUAUCCUUGUACCCUCCCCACCAAAAAUAUCAAACCAAAACAAAAAAUAUUUUAACUGAAAAUUGCAGAAUUGAUUAAUCUCAGUAGAAUGGUUUCAUUUAUCCCAUCCUGUUUUUGAGUUGGAUCAAUAAUUACAUUUUUACUAUCUUGUAGUCAGUUUAUGAAACUUUUCCAUUUUUUGCUAUAGUUUCAAAUAAUUUGAAAAUUUCUCAGACUUUGUUAAAUUUUAGCUUAAUUUUUUUUUGUUUUUAAAGAAGUAGAAGUCAGCUUUCUCUACCUUCUUUACCCCACUCAAUAUUAACUUCAUUGUUAUAAUAAAUUUUUUUAAUGAUCUGCCUCAACUCACUUCUCAAGACUACAAUUUUACCAUCCUUGAGGAAGGCUCUUUUUAGUUCCCAAAAAUAUAGAGAAUGAAAAUAAAGCAUAUCUUUAAAAAAAAAAAAAAAAAAGUGCAAUGUUAAAAUGUAAUAUUUUAAAGGUAUUUUGCAAGCCUUAAGGCACUAUAUAGAUAGAUAGCUAUAAUAGUGUGUAUUUGAGUGCAUUAUUUGGGGUGAGGGUGUAGCAUUAAGUAUGCUACUAAGUUAUUGCUAUCGUAAAUAUAUAAGGAAUGUUAAAUAGAUGUUCAUUAUAUAUGUUGUAUAGAAAUAUAGACAAUUCUGAAUUGCCUAACAGGUGCUGAUCUGCAUGGAAUGCACAUGAAACUUCCUCAAAAAUUAUAAUCAUAAGUGGGAUCAAAACUUUGUGUACGUAUAUAUGCAGAAUAAGGUCCCAAUUUCUGUUCUCUCUACCAUGCCCUUUAUUCUUACUUCAGUCUAACCACAAGUGCUAUUUCCUGCGUAGGACAGCUGGGAUGAAAGUGAUAUUUAAAAGCUGGUUUGAGUAAGUGUUGAAUAGUUGCAACAUACACAUAUCCCUUGUUAACACUGAAUAGCUAAACAUAAUCUUUAUACUUUACAUAUAUUGUCUCAUUUAGUUUUUAUAACAAUCUUGUGGAAGGAGAUGCUAUUAUUAGUCCUACUUUACAGAGAAGGAAAUUGAGGCUUAAAAGUUGUGAUUUGGCCAAGUCACACAUCUGAUAUCUGAGACAGCAUUUGAAUUCAGGUCUUUUUCAUAUGCAAGUCCUGGCUGCCUCAGUCCUGAUAAUAUCCUCAAGUUGACAUAAGUUCAUCAAGGGAUCUCUCUCUUCAGAAUUUAUUGCCUUACCCUUUAAUUUUCUGCUUUGCCUGCUACACCAAACCUAGAUUGUCCUCCUUUAGUUUCUUCAGCUCUUGAACUUCAGUAGUAUUAGAAUGAGAUUCAAAAUGUAGAAGAUUCAUGCUGUCCAUCAGUCAUGCCCUUGUCACAAUAAUAGGUUGAAAACUAGUUAUUUACCAGAUUCUUAAAAGAAAUUCUUCAUACCACCCAAGAUCCUAAUUUUCCAUUCUUCUACUAAGAAUCUCCCAGUUUCUGAACUCAAAACCUUGAACUGGUUGUUGAACCUUUUUCUUGGCCUCAAUAUAUCCUUUUCUUUAUAGCUAUCUUCUUUAUAUCCUAGAUAUCUCCACUGAUACCUGAAGAAAUUCACUUCCUAGGUUUAUUAUUUCCUUCAGCAAUAAUUUCAAUCUGUUCCCAUCCAGUAAUUCCCCUCUUUACCUUCAAUAAAGCACAUUGCUUAAAUCUUUAAAAAGCUAACAAUACUUGCUUUAUCUUGUACCCCUCACUACCUUUCCUUACUGCCUAACAUCUUUUAAAAGUACUUUGCUUUCCUUGUUAUUCUCUUUAAAUCCCUGUAGGUCUAGAUUGCCCUCACUACUCUUUGGAAAGUUCUUAAAAAUCUUGAUAGCUGUCCAAUAGCCUUUUCUUGAUCUUCUACGGUGUCCCUAUUCUGGUUGUACCUUUUGAGCAUUCUAGUAGCAUCUUUGGGAGUGGUGAUUCCAGCCAGAAGCAGAUGGAUUUACAAGAGAAUUCUAUCAAACACUUAAAAACAAUUCUAAUGCCACAUGAAUUGCUUGGGAGGGAAAGGUAAAGAAAUCAAAUUUCUCUUAUAAAAUAUAAAUACAGUGUUGAUGCCUAAACUAGGGAAACUCAAAAUAGAAAACUACAGACCAAUUUUAGUGAAGAUUUUAAAUGUCAGCAAAUGGACCACAGAAAUAUGAAACAAAAAUUAUAUGCUAUGGCCAGGCUGGAUUUAUGCCAGGAAUGCAAAGCUGGUUCAAUAUAGGAAAAUUAUUGUUAUAAUUGACCAUUUCGAUAACAAAAUUAACAAAUGAUUACCUCAGUAGAUGUAGAAAAAAGUUUUUGGUAAAAUAUAGCAACUGUUAUUAAAAACACUAAAGCGUAUUGGAAUCAAUGGAGUUUUCUUAAAGCCAUCAGCAAACAUAAUGGGGAUAAAGUAGAAACCUCCCCAGUAAGAUCAAAGAAACAAGGAUGCCCAUUGCCACUUCUAUUAAAUAUUGUGCUAGAAAUGUUAGCUAUAACAAUGAGAAGGGAAAAAAAGGAAUUAGAAUAGACACUGCAGAUGAUCAAAGGAUAUACUUAGAAAAUAAAAAAAAAAAAACCUAUUAGUAACAACUUUAGAAAGGUUUUAGGAUAUAAAAUGGACCCAU